AUGUCUAGAACAACUGAAUCACAUUCACAAGUAGAAUUAAAAAUACAUUGCAGACAAUUAAUAACCUCGGAUUUUUUAUCAAGGAGUAAUGCGCAAGUAUAUUUAUUAAUUAAAGAUCAAAGGACACAAAAGUGGGCAACAACUUCAUGUUCUACUGAAGUAAUUUUAAGCGAUGCGAAUCCUGAUUUUGUUAAAAUAGUUCAUGUAAAUAGACCAACUAGACAAGAUUGGAGACAACAAGAAUUAAUUGGACAAUUUGAUUAUGAUCUUGGAUCUUUAAUGGGUGGUCAACAAAGAAGAAUUCAAGGAAGGUUAU